AUGAGCUUCCUUGAAGACACGGCGGCUCCCUCGCAAAGUCACAGCGGGAACGUCACACGCGAGCGAGUCACACCAGGAACGUCACACGCGAGCGAGUCACACCAGGAACGUCACACGCGAGCGAGUCACACCAGGAACGUCACACGCGAGCGAGUCACACCAGGAACGUCACACGCGAGCGAGUCACACCAGGAACGUCACACGCGAACGAGUCACACCAAGAACGUCACACGCGAACGAGUCACACCAAGAACGUCACACGCGAGCGAGUCACACCAGGAACGUCACACGCGAGCGAGUCACACCAGGAACGUCACACGCGAGCGAGUCACACCAGGAACGUCACACGCGAACGAGUCACACCAAGAACGUCACACGCCACCGAGUCACACCAAGAACGUCACGCGCCACCGAGUCACACCGAGAACGUCACACGCGACCAAGUCACUCCAAGAACGUCACACGCCACCGAGUCACACCAAGAACGUCACACGCCACCGAGUCACACCAAGAACGUCACACGCCACCGAGUCACACAGGGAACGUCACACGCCACCGAGUCACACAAGAACGUCACACGCGAAGCACAAGGAACGUCACACGCUACCGAGUCACACCAAGAACGUCACACGCGACCGAGUCACACCGAGAACGUCACACGCGCCCGAGUCACUCCAAGAACGUCAAAAUUCGAAGAUAAUAAUCGCUUUCGCUGAAGAGAAUUCGUCGUAG